CCUUAAAAGCCCCGAAGCCCCAUUCAAGAUAAGUAAUGCUGCAAAACGUUGCAGUGAAUGAAUGAGACCGUCGUCAUAAAACCGUUCGAUGCUUCAUUCUAUUCAUUUUUAGUCCUGGGGAUAAUGAAUACAUGGGUUUAAAACGUUUUAUCAAACUGGCGAUUUAAGUGACGUUAAUGCUCACUUAACAACUGAGUUGAAGAACUUGAACGCGACUCUAGAGUGACUGUUUACAUUACGAUGGUGACUGUAGUGGAGCUGCUGAGUCUCCUGCUAGUGUCUGUGCUGUGGGGCUGCACCAACCCUUUCCUAAAGAAAGGCACAGAGGGGAUAGAAAAUGUCCAACACAACAACAACAACCGAGUAUUACAGCUACUGGCUGAGGUCAAGUUUCUUUUCCUAAACAUCAAGUAUCUGGUCCCAUUUCUCCUGAACCAGAGCGGCUCUUUGGUCUACUAUUAUACCCUCUCCACCACAGACUUAUCGCUGGCUGUGCCUGUGGCCAACUCUCUCACCUUCCUUUGCACUCUGCUCACUGGCAAGUUACUGGGUGAAGAGUUUGGAGGCAGACAGGCUGUCGCAGGGAUGCUCCUCACCAUGGCUGGCAUCACUCUUUGUGUUAUAAGCUCCAUGGAUGGUGAAGACACUGGGAAGCACAAUACGACCCAGGCAGCACACUAAAGGAGAUGACAAUUAAAGACAAAUUCCCCUAUACCUUCAAGUCAUUCCUUAGUAGCCGAGGAAAGACGGCCAAAGCAAAGUUGGGGCAGGACUAGAGGGGGCAAUUUAGAUUCAUACAGCGACUCCUUAGAGCUACUGUUCUGGUGGGAGAAUCGUGCCUAAAUAAAGUCGGUGUGCUCUUUAAAAGACAUGUCCGGAGACUCUUACACCAUGUUGAAGGGGAAGUGGGUUCAUGUAGGGUUCACCUCAAACCUAGACUUUAUUUAUGGUGCUUGCAUAGAAAGUGGUGCUUUUAAUUUCAAGCACUCUGCUG